AUGCCAUUGAGAAUAUUGCUUUUGUAUAUUAUUUUGAGUUUUUGGUUUUUUGGUUUAUUCUUUUUUUGGGUGGAUGUGGAACAUUCAGGAGCCGAGGAAAUUCAUUGGGUCGGACUGCGAGAAGCACGCAGGAAGAAGAGUGCAACCCAUUUUUAUUUAUUUGUUAAGUUACUAAAGAGUGUCAAAGAAACCACGGUUUCUCUUGUAAUGCACGGGUCGAUUCACGCACAAAACCAGCCAAAUAGACCAACUGAGUCACCCCAUGCCUCAAGUAAGCUUGGUCGUCCAGCUGAGACCAAGGCAGAUGGUCACGAUGCCUUUGCCAAUCUCCUACCGAGCCUCCAACCACAGCAAUCUCCUACACUUGCUAGCCUUGCACAGCAGCAGCAAUCGCCCCAUCGCGCUUCACCGUACAUUCCGCACGGCUCCCCAUCAUAUACUCAUCGAUCCGCACAAUCCUUGGAUGCUAAUGCACCAUCAAAUGCCAAUGGGUCCAAUCGGAACACUUCACCGGGAAUUCCAGCAAUAUCGCCCCUCACAGGUGUAGAACUACCUGUAUUUACGACUCCUAAAGAUAUGUAUAUAUAUCCUCCAAAUCGUACACCUCCUGUUCGACCUACUUCUUUGCCAGGAAGAAAUGACUAUCGUCAAAGUCCUUCUCGCCCUGAUGGAUAUUUUAGUCCAAAAGGUGGGCAAGGAGAGUUCGAUCCUUUUGAAAAACGAUCAUCACCACAUCAACAAAAAACGACACCUAUCCAGACUCCACGCAAGUCCUCUUUAUCACAGCCUCAAUCCCCCUCUUACACUAAACCACAGUCUCAACAAUAUGCUCAACCACAACCACAAUCGUAUACUCAAUCACCUCUGAAAUCCCAAUCCCAGCCACAACCUCAACCUCAACCUCAACCCCAACCCCAACCCCAACCUCACGCCCACGCCCACGCCCACGCCCACGCCCACAUAAAAGACGAAAGACUUAAACGGCUGGUAGAAAUGGGAUUUGGAUUGGAAGAGUCCAAGGUUGCAUUGGUUGCCACGGCCGGAAAGGACCUACAGGAAGCUGUCAAUCUUUUAGUUCAAAGUAAAGAGCUAGAAGAUGAUAUUGCGGAGAACAUCAAAGAGGGUGAAAAUACCAAUGGGCAAAGAAAGCAAUCUUUUGAGCCACCUUCUCGUCGUCUCUCUGAGCCAUUGAAAGCGCAAGCAGCCGAGUGGGGAAGUUAUAUCUACAAGAAUGCAGAACAAUUUGUCAAGGCUGGGCAAUCUUGGGGAUCUAAGCGUAAGACCAAUGAACAACAGAAAUAUUAUAAAAAUGAAAAUGAAAAUUCUUCAAACGACGAUGAAGAGGAAGAGGAAUUUAGACAGCUUCAGGAAGAAAGGAAAAGAGAAUAUAUUGCCGAGCAGCAAAAGCAAAAACAAAGGCAACAACAACAGCAACAGCAGCAGCAACAACAACAUAAUUCAUUUGGCGAUCUUGACCCAAGCGAUCCAUUUUAUGCUCAUCCGAAGGUUUUUGAUCCAAUUGCACAGGCAGAGAAAGACCGCACAAGAGGAAAUGAGUACUUUAAUCGUGGACUAUACCAAGAGGCAGAAUCGCUGUACACCCGCGCUCUACAUGCUCUUCCUAUCAACCACGACCAUCGUAUUUUGCUGAGUAAUAACCGAGCGGCCGCAAGGUUAAAGGCCGGAAACUAUGAGGCUUCCUUGAGAGAUUGUAAUGUUGCUAUAGAAAUGGCGGAGAGAAGAGGUGAAGGUCACGUUUUAUCUGGUGAUAAAGAGAUAUCUUGGCAAGAACAGGUUGUCAAAGCAUUGUUACGAAAGGCCGAGGCUCUAGAGGCUUUGCUGAGAUACAAAGAUGCCAUUCAGGUCUAUGAAACAUUGAUCGCAUAUCAAGGAAACUCGAGUCCACGUAUCAGCCAAGGGAUCAGUAAGUGUAGAACGGCUCUAGAGAAUGAGACAGCUUCUUUCUCUUCUCCCGGAAAUGUUCAUGCUACCACUCGACCCACUUCUGCAUCUGCAUCUGCCUCUAAACCCACGUCCGCAUCCACGUCUACGUCUACAUCCGCACCCGCACCCGCACCCGCACCUUCCUCUACCUCUGCCUCUGCCACUUCUAAACCACCGGUACAGACAGCUUUCCCAGAUAUUGACUACUCCAUAUUUGAAAAUUUCAAGCCUGCGCCUGCUACCCAACCCAGUAAAGGAGUGGCUGCUAUGCGCGAGAGGGCCGCACAGAAGGAGGCAGAGGGAUUCGAAAAGUUGGCUAAAACAGACCGCGUUGAAGCACGAUUAAAGAUGUGGAAGGAUACGAGGGAACUUAAUUUGCGUGCUUUGUUGGCUAGUCUUGACAUGGUGGUUUGGGAAGAAUUAGGUUGGCAGCAGGUGGGAAUGGGCGAGCUGAUUGAUCCAAAACAAUGCAAGACAUAUUAUCGAAAGGCAAUUGCAAAGGUUCAUCCAGACAAGUUGCCUAUCAAUGCCUCAGUGGAGCAGCAAAUGCUUGCGAGCGGGAUUUUCACUGUGCUCAACGAAGCUUGGGAUUCGUUCAAAACACAAAAUCAACUCUAA